AUGAUGACAGCGACAGCCGCGACAAGGUUAUUUUUCCUUUGUUUGUGUACAACUGAAAUUCCUUGAAAAAUUGUUAUAAUCGUGACUCAUUUUUAGACACAAUAGUGUUACAUUGUCUAUAAACCGUUUUUUAAGAUCAAGGAAUGCGCUUUUUAUUUUAAUUCACCAUGUCAUUGCCAAUAGAAGAAGAUCCUAUCAUAAACGCUGAUAUUAGAGAUGAUGUUACAAGUAGCAAUCGUAAUCUAGUUGAGGUUGAUCGAGAGGAAACUACAGGAUGGAUCAAAAGUCGGACAGUGCUAGGCAUCAUGGGGUUUCUUGGUUUCGCCAACGUGUAUGCCAUGCGUGUAAAUCUGUCCGUAGCUAUUGUGGCCAUGGUAAACUCAACAACUGUACAGAACAAUUCCACACUAGAUGUAUGCUUAGCACCAACCCCCAGCAACACUACCAUACCACCAAAGCCGGGUGAAUUUAAUUGGGAUGCAGGACAACAGAGUAUUAUUUUAGGAUCAUUCUUUUAUGGAUAUGUUUUAACACAGAUACCAGGUGGAAGGAUAGCUGAAAUAUUUGGUGGAAAACUUGUCUAUGGGAUAGGAGUUCUGUUAACUGCAAUAUUUACUAUUUUAAGUCCCAUAGCAGCGAAAGUAGACUUUAAGUUCUUUAUAGUUGUGCGAGUACUGGAAGGUUUGGGUGAAGGUGUGACAUACCCUGCCAUGCACGCUAUGCUUGCUAGAUGGAUACCACCAUUAGAAAGAUCAAAAUUUGCUGCAUAUGUUUAUGCAGGUUCAAAUAUAGGCACAGUAAUAUCUUUACCAAUAUCUGGCUGGCUCUGUACCCUUGAUUAUGCUGGAGGCUGGCCCCUAUGCUUUUAUCUAUUCGGAGGUCUCGGUGUAUUGUGGUUUGUUGCAUGGAUGUUCCUUAUUUACGAUACUCCACAAAAUCAUCCAAGGAUUUGUCCAAAAGAGGUUGAAUAUAUUACAAAUUCUAUCGGUGUUCAAGAAGAUAAACCAUCAAUGUCAAUACCAUGGUGCAAGUUCCUAACCUGCUUACCCCUGUGGGCGAUAUUGAUAGCGCAAUGCGGUCAAUCCUGGCUCUUUUAUACACAACUCACCGAACUACCAACAUAUAUGAACAAUAUAUUGCACUUCGAUAUUGUAUCUAAUGCCCGUCUCUCAGCGCUGCCAUAUCUGACGUCAUGGAUAGCUGGUAUCAUAAUAAGUAUCUUUGCGGAUUGGUUGCUGGCCAAGGGUUGGAUAUCCCGACAGGCCAGUAUGAAGCUGUGGAAUACAGUUGCGGCAUUCGUGCCUGCAUUCGGCUUACUGGGUAUAGCAUGGGCCGGCUGCGACCGCACCGCUGUCAUGUUGUUACUCAGCAUUACUUCAGCCUUCGGCGGCGCUGUAUACGCAGGUAACCAGAUGAACCAUAUUGACUUGUCGCCGCAGUUUGCGGGUACAAUGUAUGGAAUUACGAACGCGGCCAGCAAUAUCUGCGGCUUCAUGGCACCUUAUGUCAUCGGACAGAUCAUCAGCUCGGAUCAGCAAACACUAGGGCAAUGGCGGGAAGUGUUCUACUUGGCUGCCGCCAUUGAUUUAGCAGCAAAUCUUUUCUACUUAUUCUUUGCAAGCACCGAGGAGCAGGACUGGUCUAGACCGGACAACGACGAUAUGACAGCGUCCGCGCCUGUAGAGAGUAUAAUGUACCCAGAGUCGUAAUGUCGGCGUGUGGCGCGCGCGGACACCGCACUGUGACGUCACAACGUGCAUGUCUGCGCACACGCACGCGUUCGUCCUAGAUAAAACUCAGCCAUGUGACAAACGAUCUAUCUUAUUUAAAUAAAAACACCUACGUUAUGUAAAGAAUUAAUAAUCAUGGCGGUACGC